AUGGCUGAGCCCAUCCGCAACAAGCGCCUCGACCCGGCUACUGCGCCUACGCCGCAAAAUACCCCUCUGCAAAAUGCGCCCAUCUCAUCGCACGCUCAGCAGCCUGGCGUUGCCAGCAUCAAGGAGGAGGAUUUUGACCGUGCCGCCGCCGCCUCCAUCUUCGCCCAAAACCCCAAGCUCGUCCAGAUGAUUCAGGGAAGACUCGGCUCCCUCGUCGGCCGUUCCUCCGGUUAUAUCGAGUCCCUCCCCCCUCAGGUGCGCCGCCGCGUUGCUGGACUGAAGGGCAUUCAGAAGGAGCACUCCAAGCUUGAGGCCGAUUUCCAGGAGGAGGUUCUUCAGUUGGAGAAGAAGUACUUCGCCAAGUUCACUCCUCUUUAUGAGAAGCGUGCCAAGAUCGUCAACGGAGGCUCUGAACCCACUGAGGAGGAGAUAAAGGCUGGUGAAGAGGAGGAUGAUGACAAUGAGGAGACCGAAGAGGCCGAGAAGACGGAGAAGCCCGCUGAAUCGUCCGAGCCCGUUUCUGGUAUUCCUGAAUUUUGGCUUUCUGCCAUGAAGAACCAAAUCUCUCUCGCCGAGAUGAUUACCGACCGCGACGAGGCGGCCUUGAAGCACCUGGUUGAUAUUCGUAUGGAGUACCUCGACAAGCCUGGUUUCCGCCUUAUCUUCGAGUUUGCCGAGAACGAGUUCUUCACCAACAAGACUAUUACCAAGACCUACUUCUACCAGAGCGAGAGUGGCUACGGCGGUGACUUCAUCUACGAUCACGCCGAGGGUGACAAGAUCGACUGGAAGGAAGGCAAGGACCUGACCGUCAGAAUUGAGAGCAAGAAGCAGAGGAACAAGACCACCAAGCAGACCCGCAUCGUCAAGAAGACGGUCCCCACCGAGUCUUUCUUCAACUUUUUCUCUCCUCCUCAGGCCCCCACGGAGGACGACGAUGAUGCUGCGUCCGACAUUGAAGAGCGCCUCGAGCUCGACUAUCAGCUGGGUGAGGAUAUCAAGGAAAAGCUCAUUCCUCGCGCGAUCGACUGGUUCACUGGCGAAGCUCUCGCCUUCGAGGAGCUGGAGGACGACGACCUUGAGGGCUACGACGACGAGGAGGACGACGACGAUGACGACGAUCUCAGCGAGGAUCGCGACGAGGAUGAAGAGUCCGAGGACGAGGAUGAUACUGGCAAGCCCAAGCAGGAGGCGGCCGAGUGCAAGCAGAGCUGA